UUGAAUCCGGAUGCUCACAACUUAUGCAUAUAUCCUCUUGUCCUCUCAUCUCAUAGCGGUAUUCAUGUUUGUGCUGUACCGUAAACUUCCAUGUUUUGCGCAGUCAGUUUAUAGAAUUCCGGUUUUCCAAGUAAACGCAAAAUAUACAGUAGACAUGGCGAAGAAAACGGCUAUUUUGUUGAUUGCUGACGGGUCGGAAGAAAUGGAAGCAGUAAUCACGACAGAUAUUUUACGUCGAGCCGGAAUCGAUGUUACUGUAGCUGGUCUCGCCGAAAAAGAAAGCGUAAAAUGUAGCCGUGACGUUAAAAUUUGCGUUGAUGCAAAAUUGAAAGACGCAGUUCAACAAAAAUACGAUGUCGUAAUAUUACCCGGUGGUCUAGGUGGCUCGGAAGCUUUUGCAUCGUCUGCAGAGGUAGGGAACCUGCUGCAACAACAGGAAAAGGAAAACAGAGUUAUUGCUGCUAUUUGUGCAGCACCAGUGGCAUUAAAAGCACAUGGUAUUUCUAAAGGAAAACAGCUCACAUCUUACCCAUCAAUGAAAGAGAAAUUGGUAGAUGAAUACAAAUAUUUGGAAGAUAAAGUUGUAACUGAUGGUAAUCUCAUAACUAGCAGAGGCCCGGCAACUGCUUUUGCUUUUGGUUUGGCAAUUGUGGAAAAGUUACUUGAUAAGGAAACUGCGAACAAUGUGGCAAAAGGAAUGUUAUACACAGAGUAAAAAAUAUAAAGUUUAUAAGUACCCUGUAUAUGAAAUGUACUGUUACACAUAGUGUAUCUUUAUACUUGUAUGAUUGUAU